CCUCGAACGAUCGAGAAAUAGAGGGUAGAAACAGAAAAAAAGCCUGAGAGGGGCAACAAGAGGAGAGAUUUUUGGGUACCGACAGACAGGGAUAGUCGGAUAGAGAAUGGCAUCGGUGAAGAAGGAGGAAGUUGAGGAGAGCAUGGCGCCGGUGAAGAAAGAGAGAACGGUGUCCGUGAAGAAAGAGGAAGUCGAGGAGGAACAUCGAGAAGAAGCGAAACCUAAGAUGUCAGGACGCAUGAUCACUCGUUCGGCAUUCAAACGGAAGUUAGAAGAGUCGUCCAGCGAUGUUAAUAAUAACCAGCAACAGCAACAGCGACCAAAGGGAAAAAAACAGAAGAAGAUGAAGGAGGAGAUAUCUGUUGAAAAAGGAGAGGAUGAGCUAUCUUCUGUUCAAAAAGGGAGGGAGGAGGUAGCGAAUGAAGCACGAGAAUUGAUUAAGAGAUGGCAACUCUCAGCACGCCAACGGGACUUGGAAGCAAAGUCGUCCAGCGAUGUUGAUCAACAAGAAGAAGAAGGAAAACCGAAGAAGAAGAGGAAGACGCCGGAAGAAAGACCCCGAUUUUCAUACCAAGAGAGGUGGGCUUACAAAAGGAGGCUCAAAGAGAGCGGGGUAUGUAUGUAUGAUUGUAUGGGCUUUGAUGUCGGGGAUGUUCCCGAUAAUGUUGAUCCUCGGCUGACACCCAUUUCGCCGUAUAAAGUCUUCGGCAGGCCGCACGCAGAUAUCAGAUUGAAAAAGGUCGAAAAGUAUUCCAAGUUAGCUCUUGACAAGUACAACAAGGAUAACAAAACCAAGUUCGAGUUUGGGAAGUUUCUCAAGGCGAACGUCACUACUUAUAGUUGUCGGCUCUGGUAUGUUACCUUUCAGAGCAAGCAUAUGCCUGGUUUUCGCCCUAAGAACUUCCAAGCUGUCGUGCAUACUAAUCAGUAUGAUGAGGGAGAUGUCAAGCUUUGCAAGCGUGUUACAUAAUUCAAACUACUCGGAGGGUUAUGGGGAGAUUAACAGGAUAUGGGGAGAUUUAACAGGAUGCUGGUGGAGUUUUUAGGUUUAUCUUGAUGGUACUCGUGUGAAAUGUAUAUUCUUGAUCCUUACCUUUGGAUUUAAAAUGUGGAUGGUUAUCAAGUUUAUGUGGAUGGUCCUUUCAAACUAAUGGUGAACUAUUAUGCAUAUGCCAAGAGUACUCC